AUGGGCGGCUACGUCCCGCCGCACCUCCGCGGCGGCGACCGCGGCGGCGAGAGAGGCGGCGGACGCCGCGGCGGACCGACGACGCGGACGACGACGACGCGUCAUCAUCAUCAUCCCGACGCCGGCGUCGCGCCGUCCGCCGCGGUCGCGGACGCGCUCAGGACGAAGGACGCGACGGAGAAGAGGCUGAGCAAGGACGGCGCGGCGUACGCCGCGACCGCGUGCGACGCGUUCGAGCGCGUCGCGCGCGUCCUCGAGGAGGACGUCGCGCGCGCCGACGCCGACGCCGACGCCGACCGAGAGAUCUCGGGUCAUCGGAAGAAGCGCGCGCGAGACGCGCGCCUCGCGCUCGCGGAGACGCUCCGCGCGUCCGCGUCCGCGCGCGCGCUCGCGUCGCGCCGCGGCGCGCUCUCGCCGGAGCUGCGACGCGCGGAGAGCGAGGCGGCGGUCAUCGCGGCGGCGGCGUACGAGCGGUCGACGGAGACGUUCGCACAGCUGUGCGCGGCGACCGAGCGCGACGCGACGGAUGCGGCGACCGAUGACGCGAAGGACGCGAGAGAGACGAUGGUCGUCGCCGUGAACGGGCUCGCGUGCGCGCUCGCGGCGUGGGGCGACCUCCUCGCCGCGGAUGACCCGAGCGGCGCGGAGAUCCUCGCGCGCGCGUGCGCCGCGUACGAGCGCGCGCUGGAGUUGGAGAGGGACGCGGGCGCAGCCGGCGGCGGUACAGCUGGCGGCGGCGGCGGCGAUCCGGGCGAGGUGCUCGAGGCGUGCUGGAACCUCGCGGACGCGCGCGUUAAGCUCGGCGAGGCGCGCGCGGCGAUCGAAGACGCGCGCGACGCGUCCUCGAACUCGACGAUCGAUGUUCUCCUUCGAGACGAGACGGUCGCGAGGAAGCGAAUCGACGACGUCUUCGCGUCGGCGUCUGCCGCGUUCGAGGACGCGACGUCGCUCGCCGACGCCGCCGCUGGGGACGAUCUCGGCGGGCUGCUUCACGACUGGGGAUGCGGUCUGCUCUCCCGCGCGGACAGUCUCGCGGCGGGGGCGAUGCGGGUAGCGAAGAAAGUAACGGAUGUAGGCGGGGCGUUACCGACGUUGUGUGUCGAGCUCGCGACCGCAGCGCACGGCGUCCUCGCCGCCGCGGAGGAGAAACUUCGGACGUCGGCGUCGUUUACCCCCGGGGCGAUCGCGGUGUGUAACACCCUCGGGGAGACGUACCAGAGCCGCGCGGAACUCAUUCGGCACACGGGGGUAUUACCUGGGAACGCCGGCGGCGGCGUUGUGGUGGCGGGCCCCACGAUACGCGAACGAAGAACGCACGCGGAGGGGCCGUUACUGAUGGCGUUGGACGCUCGCGGCGGCGGCUUCGGCGCCGCAGCGGCUUUGUCGUCGUCCGACCGCGACGCGCUGACCGGCGCGGGAGAGGCGCACCUCGAGCUCGGGAGGAUCGCGAAGGCGUGCGGGGACGACGGCGCCGCGGCGGCGCGGUUCGCGGACGCGUGGGGGUGUUACAGGAGGGUGUUAGAGAUGGCCGCGGCCGACGGCGGCGGCGGCGGCGGCGGCGACGAGGGCGUCAAAAGCUCCGAGCGGCUCGGCGUGUGUUACAACGGCGCGUGCGCGGCGUACCUCGCCGGUGACGUCCAUACCGCGGGGAUGUUGCUGUCGCAAGUGCUCGCGUGCGGCGGGACGACGCCGGAGGGGAUAUCGAGCGACGAAGACCUCGCGGGGAUGCCGGCGGCGGCGUGGGGAGGGUCGUCGUAUUAG